AUGGUUUCGGUUGACAAAAGCUUUCAACUGAUUUACGAUGCUACCUCUGAAACCGAUGAAGUAAACCUUGACAAUUUAGGAUUUUUAAAUGCAAGUAGCAUCAAAACUGACAAUUCAAGAAAGGUUAAAUUUGAAACCACGUUGGUGAACUCAGUUACUGGGGAGGAUUCAGACUAUAAUGGGCUCAAGUUUUAUUCUAACCCAAAACUAGUACAAGAUUUCCACGAAUUUUGGUAUGAUCUUUUCCCUAAAUAUAUUACUAACAUCAAACAUCCCAAUUUGAUAGUUUUGAAGGAGGGUUUAGAGUCUGUAAACGAAGCGCUUGAGAUUUUGAGAGAUAAUAAAGUCAGUGGUGAGAAGGUAGUUUUUAGGGCAUCACGUAAGUAA